UCCAAUCGAUGACAAAAUAUAAACAUUGAUAUGUGUCUGCAGAUAACACAUUAAAGUUCUCUUCAAAAUUUAUAUUUGUUUGGAUUUUUCAAAGAUGGCUUCCGCAGGCAAGAAGGGAAAAAAAAAAAUAAAGGAACUGUUAUUUCGUUACAAUCGUUCCUCUCCAAUGGCGAUACCCCCCGUUGGAACUACACAAGUAGCGAAGAAAGUUCGCAAUUUGGAUGGUGAUGAGAGUGAUGACGGCAGCCACGCGGUUAUUUAUCAGUUGCCAACCGCCCCGCGAGCAAAUCGAAUACUUGAUGACGAUUCUAUUCCGCACAAACCGCCAUUCAUAGCAUACAUAAAUAAUUUACCAUUUGAUGCCAGCGAGGACGACAUUUACGAAUUCUUUGGCUCUAUUAAUCUAGCAUCUUUGAGGUUACCUCGUGAGGAUGGCGAGACUGGCCGGUCUCGAGGUUUUGGCUACGUUGAGCUUGAGAAUAGGGAGGACCUUAUACACGUGCUUAGCUUGCCGGAUCCUUCAAUCAAGGGACGCCGCAUUCGCAUUGAACUGUCUAAUGAAAAUGAUCAGCAAAAUCGUCGGCAACAAGGCAAUCGUCGUUUUGAAGGUUUUGGAAAUUCUAGUGAGAAUCGUGAUUCAGGAAAUUGGAGACGUGAUAGCCAAAACAAUGGGAGUGGAUUCGGAGGUGGUGGAGGAGGAUAUUCUGGAAACUAUGAUCGCGGUGGUUUUAAUCGGGAUAGAAAACCAAUUUCAGAAAGGGAUGAAAACAAUACUCCUGGCUCAUGGCGUACAAAUAGUCGGCAGCCGCCCACAGAUUAUUCGCCUCCUCGAAGAGAUCACCGCGAUCGGGAUCAAACCACUGACAAAUUUCGUAAUCGAAAUCAUGAUUACAACGAGGCUGCCGGAGCUGCCGAAGAAAGGCCAAAGCUAAAUUUAAAGCCUCGAACACUUCCGUUGCCGGAAUUAGUAACUAAACCAGAUCCUGAUAAUGAGCAAGAAAACGAAACUGAACUGCCGCAAAAAGUAAUAGGAGGUGGUUCCUCAUCCGUGAAUGUAUUUGGGUCAGCAAAACCUGUGGACACAGCUACAAGAGAAUUAGAGAUUGAAGAGCGUUUGGCAGAAGCUAGAAGGUUAGAAAAAUUUCGUCACGAUGAUGAAGAUGUCAAUGAACUGAAAAUUUCUGAAAUGCAAAUUGACAUACACGAUAAUGAAAAUGCCAAUGCAUCAAGUAGAAGUUGGCGUCGUACGCAAGACUCGUCGACAAAUUCUGAAGAUAAACAGUCUGUAGUGCUGGACGACAAACGACGUGACGAUCGAGAUUUUAAAAGAUUAAAUAAAUCGCGGGAUCGUAAUGACAGGUUUGAAAAUGUGAAAACAAAAAACUAUCAUGAUGGAAAAUCUAAAGAGGAUAAUAAAUAUAAAGGGGAUUAUCGAAAUGACCGACUUCAGCCCAAGAAUACAACUCUUCAGGCUGAACCUGUUUUGCAGUCUUCCAACAAAUAUUCAGGACUUGACGAUGAAUCAUCCGACUAAAAAUAUUUCUAUAUAUAACAAAAUAAAGAAAAAUUAACACAUUUUACGAGUAAAAAUAAAAUUCCAUAACUACAGAGAAAUAAAAAAA